AACAACUCGGACCUUUAAGAAGCUGUUGUUCGAAAAUUCUUGGCGGAGCCACCAAACAUUCUCAUGUUGCUCAUCAUCAUACAACAAAAUCGAACCGAGUGAUGACAAUAUUACAGGAGGAUAUUUUCACCUUUGCUACAAGUGCUAGACUUGCUAGUAGUGACAAUGUGAUGGCCAAUAAAACAAUUAGAGAAUUGGCAUCACAAUUCCGAAAAUGUAAAAAUAUGAAGGAGAUGAGGUUGUGUUUGACCCAACUUGAAAAAUUUGCAAGCUCAAGUGGAAACACUACACCAAAUGUGGCACUUUAUUCAAUUGCUUUGGAGAUGGCCAUUAAAGAACAAAAGCUUGAAGAUGUUAGAAAGAUUUGGGCUACCCUCAAGAAUAAUUUAUCAAUGGUUGAUGUUCAAACUCUUUCUUCUAUUAUAUUAUUCUUUGGAAGAUAUUACAAACAAUAUCCAGAACAAGUUAAAAAUAUCUUUACCAAUAACCAAUGUGAAGGGAAGAGAAAAUCAAAUGAAAAGAAAAAAUUGGUUACAUCUCCACUUUACGAUGAAAAUUCACCAAUAGAGUACACUCAACUGUUCUUUUUAAAGAGACAAGAUCCUGAAACUCUUGUAAAAAUUGCACCUUUAACAAUAGCUUCUGCCAUGAUGCAUGAACAAUGGAAGCUUGCAAGUGUAAUGAUUUACGAAACCGUGGAAGCAAUAUUGGAAUAUGAUGAAGUUUUGAAAUGUUCCAAAAAGAAUGAAUUUUUGGGAGAAUUUGAGGAUAGUUCUAGCUUUGGAGAUAAUUAUGGAUCUUCCAACAAACUUGAUCCUGAGUCUAUAGAAUUAAUGACCGAUUUUAUCAACUCUUCUCUCAGACUCAUAACAAGAAAAGUAAGACAAGGAAUGAUUAAAAUCUCUGCCUACACAGCUAUGAGCUCUCCAAAGAAUAAUCAAUUACCUGUUCACGUAACAUCCAGUGAGGAAAUUUACAAAGAUACUGCCACUAGUAUUAUGGAAGGUUUGGCAUUAGGAUUGGAUGCUCUCAAUCUUGCAAUCUUUGAGACAAAGACUCAAAAUUCUGCACAUCAUCCAAUGAAUUUAGAUGAGGAAUUGUGCACCAAGUUGUACUGUAUGAUUCAUUCCUUUAGAGUAUUCAUUGAUUGCUCACCAUAUAAGAAAUUACAAGAAAAGUUCAGAAAACGUGUUAUUUUCAAGACGGACAAUGUUGAUGACUACCUUACCCUUAAAUAUGGUUCCUACUUGGAAAAGUUACACAUCAAAGAGGAUCCAUACGUUCAAUUUAGAAUGGAAUAUAAGGUCAAUUUGGAUAAGAAUGGAGAAAUCAAAUCAGACAUUUCCAAUGCCUACGUUAAUCCAAAUCCAAUUCCAAGUGGAUCUACUCUCAUUCUUAACAAGUUACAUUCCGUGGAUUCUACAACAGCCACUGUCAUUGUGGAAGGAAGAUCUUACAAGACACCUGGAGAGUUAAACGCUCAACACACUGUAGAAGAGCAACAAGUUCCAUUAGAACAAGAAGAAGAAUCUAAAUUGACCAUUCUUGAUGAUUUUAUCGAUGAACCAGAUGAAGAUGGAAUCAAUGAUAAGGAUUUUUGUAGUAAUAAUGCAACAGGUACAACACAAUACUCAGCAGAAGGUGUUGCUCAUCGUUUUUUAACAGCCAUUCUCGAUUUUAUGGGAAAGAAUGCUCAGAAUCCCUCCGAAAUUUAUCAACUCUUAGCACAGACAGGAUCCGUCCUAUUGUUACAAACCGAGGAGUUUCCCAAAUAUUUGUCACAAUAUAUUGAAAUCAAAUUUCAGGAUGCUGAUAAGGAAUUUGCCAAUAAUGCACCAAUGAACUUUCAAGCCAAAUAUCAAAUCACUGUUCAACUAUUCAAUUUUGCCACUUUCUUACAAAAUGUAAGAUUGCCAGCUAUUAUUCCUUAUUUGUCUCCGAUUUUGACUCCAGAAGAGCAAAGAAAAAUUGACUAUAAACUUUCGGAUGCACCUCAAGUGAAACAGUAUGAUUUUAAUCACUUUCAGGAAAUUUCCAUUGCUGCUCUAGAAGCUUUAGUCCAAUCCAAUCGAUCUCCAAUUCAAACCUCAGAUUACAAAGAGUCCACCAAUUGUAACAAGACUAAGAUUCCUCCACAGAUUGCCUCUGAUUCAAGAUUUAUCUUGAUGGCUCCAAAGAUUGAAAUUCAAUUGGCAAGUUUAUACUUGCAAAGAUCCUACUCCCCAUUCCAAGUUAUGAAAGAUAUGAAAUCUCUGACUCAGGAAUUUCCACCUCUCUACUCUCACAAUCAUGAAAAAUUUUACAGAUCCAAUAAUGAAGAUAUUGCCAUGUACUAUUUAAAGAGUGCAUUGAACGUUGUCACUGUACAAAAUUCACCAGAUGACUUUGCUGUUUGUUAUUCACAACUUGCCCACUUGUUGAAACAAAAGAAAAAGUAUGACGAGGCCAUUAAGGCAUUCCAAAAAGUAUUGGAGGUUAGAAAGCCAAAUGAUACAGAUCCAACCAAGUAUGCUUCUCUAUGUAUGAAUAUUGCCAAUACAUACUUGGCAAAGAUUGAGGAAAACAAGUCUCAAAACUCUGAGGAAAGGAAGAGCUCUGCACAAGUUGCAAAGUUUAUUCUCAAUGAAUAUGUUAUUGGUUUGAGAGAUACUCUCAAACUUGAAAAGAGAAAAGAAUCUCCAUCAGAUAUUAGCAAUCACAUCAAAACCAUUGAUACAGCCAUUGAGUGGUUUGAUAAGAGUGAAGCUGGAUUCAGCAAACUGAAAACUGCUCCAACACAACAGGACCCAAAUAGGAAGGAACUCUCUACCAAAGAUCACUACUUGGGACUUGUUAAUAUCAAUCUAGGAUAUGCCCACCUCUUGAAAACUAAAUUGUAUAUGCAACUUUUGGAGGAGAAGGUUGAUGCUACUGUUCUGAAAACAGCACACCAAGCUGCCACCAAGGCAGCCACAAUUUUGAAGGCAGCUCUCGAAGUCAUUAAACCAGAUUUGAAGGAAAAGGAUUCAAUCAUGCAAAAGACCAAACAAAUGGGUUCAGAAAGCUUCCCAAAGGUCAAUAUUUAUUUGGCUGAAAUUUACCUCUAUCUUUCUGCCUUUGACACAAUGGAAGGAAUUACAGAUACGGUCAAUGGUUUGGAUUAUUUGGAAGAGGCAAGAAGUUGCUUGGACUUGGGAGCUACUCUAUUCAUGAAUAAGGAAAUGAAAGAAUGGAAGGUGAGACUCAACAUUCUCACUUUUGAAGUUUACCACAGAAUGAGUGAGAAUAUCAUUGAAGGAUUACCAUUCAUUCAAGAUGAGCCAACAAAGCAACAACUCACCGAAAAGAAGGACCAAUUCACUGAGAGAAGUAUUAAUUGUCUGAAGGAUGCCAUCAAGGAUUACGAAAGUACCAUCUCAGUUGAUGAGAAUUCAGAUAGUGAACUUUCCUCUCUUAUUGAACAAUUAAAAUUAUAA